AUGCUCCACCAAGAGCAACCCCACAGGCAGCGGUCCAGGGAGCGUCAUCGCCACCACCACCACCACCAUCGCCCUCGCAGGUCCGCAGAGCUUCCCGUCCAGUCUUCUAGGGUCGAGCCAGCUUUGGGGCACAAUGCUAGUGUUACCGAUGAGGGGCUGCAGGCAGAGGGCAGUAUGAACGUCCAUGUCAGGGUACAUGAUAGGGAGGCUUUCUGGCACGAGAUCGAUCAGAUAGUCACAAUCCCAGACUCGCCCUCCCUGGAACAACUGGACAAUACAUUGCGAAUGUUUAUCAACUUCUGCGCAGCGUAUCACGACAAGUAUCUACCCGGUGUUGUUGAAAUACACCAUGCCUUGGCUAUUCUUCUGGAGUCUGAGCUGUUUGUCUACUAUACCGAAAGGAUGGUAGGUAUCAUGAUGUCUGAUGCGCAAGAAAACACGAAUCCACACGACUUGUACAUCCUGUACUAUCUUAUUCUUUUCUAUGGCCAAAGGCAUCCAAGCCUAUUCCGAUCCCAUCGACGAUGGAAAAAGCUGCUACCUACCUUGGGCGAGGUGGUCGGGCUGGACAUCGACGAGGUAAGUGGCACACCCUCCACUGUACACCGCACUGACCGCCCUGGUCUCCAGAGCUUUAUCCUUGGCCUUCCUCCAAUUGAAAUCCGCCUCCGGCUUCCCGCAACCUACCUCAUGUACGAGGUCGCCCGCGUACAGAAGCUCACCCCCUUGGAAUUGUCAACCUGUGACGAUCAAUUCAUUGACCACUUGUUCGACCUUGUCGAGACUACAAGGGACCAGCAGGACGAGCAUUUGAAUUAUGCUGUGAUAAGAUUGAUUGUCGCGCUGAACGAGCAAUUCAUGGUGGCUUCUUUGCCCUCGAAUCAUGGGUCUGAAGACGCAAAGAAGAACAACAGGGUGUUGGUCGUGCUCAUGCGGAGAUUGGGCAGCAGCAAGACUUUUGGAGAGAACAUGAUCUUCAUGCUCAAUAGAGCUGAGAACACUCCCGAUGACUUGUGUAUGCAAUUGCUCAUCCUGAAAAUGAUAUAUCUAUUGUUCACAACGCCUGGCACGAGAGAAUACUUUUUUACGAACGAUCUUCGCGUCCUAUUGGAUGUGUUCAUCCGUGAACUCGUUGACUUGCCCGAAGAAUGUGAAGCUCUACGACACACUUAUCUCCGAGUUCUCUACCCACUACUAAAUCACACUCAAUUGAGAUCGGAUCUCUACAAACGUCCUCAGAUCAAACUCGUAUUGAAAAGUUUGAUCGCAAAUGCCCAUUUGAAGGAGAUUGAUCCUACUACACGCAGGUUGGUCGAGAGAUGUUUGGAGGAGCCGAGAAAAUUGGAAAGAAGCUACAGCGCUGAAAACGUACGCACUGCUACUCGCCAAGACAGCGCAGCGUCGAUCAUCUCGCUCCAUGCUAUAUCCACUGCUCUGCCGGAUGGUCGAUCAUCGACUAGAGCGGCUACACAGUCUUCGUACCCACCUUUAUCUGUUCAUCCCACCAAGCCCACUGCAAGUACCUCCAUUUACACCUCCCGCGAUCCAAUCCGCCAAUCCUCAUUGAACGACGUGUCUUCGUCUCUCUCCGUCUCUGGCCGCGAACGCCCCUCUAGCGCCGCUUCAGGCUAUUCUAGCGCUGAUCCUGGUGCGACCCCGCCGAGGCGCAGGAGGGCACCUGCGCCACCGGCGAAGAAGCCAGAGAGGCAUGACUCGAGCACGAGUUGGACCAGCUUUGAGUCUGAUGAAACGGGUGGGAUGAGUGAUGGAAGUGGGAUGGUAAUGAGCCCCAUAUCGGCUGGGGAAGGGGACUUGGUGACCGAAGGGCGAAAAGGGGUGCCGCCGCCCAUCAUUGAGGUUCAUCCUGCGCCCAGCCAGCCGCCGACUGGCUGGAUCACCUUUUCCACUUGA